GCACUGCAGCUUUCUGCAUUGCACUCUGCUUCUCAUUGGGAUCAGGACGCUCGACAUGACGCAAAUAAGUAAGAGCAUACUGAUAUUACACAUCAUUGUACAUUUAAAACAUGUUAAGUAGAAAAAAGGGAAUCACACAUUGGAAAUACCUACUAUUGUUUACAGUAGUUGCUUUUAUAGCAUUAGCAUGACAGACAAUUAAAGGAGAAAUACAGUUUAUUUUGAAUGUAAUUGAACAUUGAAUAGUAGUUUAUAUUUGAUAAAUAUUUUUCCAUAAGGAGAAGAAUUUAACUUGUAUUUAAGAAACUAAAGAAGAAAAACCUACUUUGAAAGAUGUGCAUAGCCAGGACAUGACAGAUAUAUAAAAUAUAAAAGGAAUGCAGACAAUCUCAGAUCUUCUCUCUAAAAACCAAAAUGAUUUUUGCAAGAGGUUUGCACGAUAUGCAUGUAUGUGUGUUUGUUUACAGACGCUAACAUGGCAUACACCGUGCCGCUUGAGGAGCAGUUCAAGUGCUGCAUCUGUCUUGACAUCUACAUCGACCCCGUCUCCAUUCCAUGUGGACAUAACUUUUGCCUGGACUGCAUCGAAGAAUUCUGGGACACGAAGGACACACCUGAUUGUCCGCUGUGCAAAGAGACGUUCAGCACGCGUCCACAACUCAGUAUCAACCGAGGAUAUGCUGAAAUUAUUAAAACCUUACAAAGGUCACAAAAGGAGGACGAAGACACUAUGGUGCCCCACGGGAGCACGGAUCAAUCCCUUAACACACUGUCUGAGGCUGGCGAAAUUCCAUGUGACAUCUGCCAAAAAGACAAGUCGCCAUCGGUCAAGUCGUGCAACACUUGCCAGGUGUCUUACUGUGAAGUUCACUUCGCACCACACCUGAGGGAUCCAGUGCUGCAGAGGCACCGGCUAAAGGACCCAACCCUCUUCGCCAGCAGUCACCUCUGCAGACACCACAAGCAGCCGCUGACCAAGUUCUGCAGCACAGACCAGGCGCCUGUUUGCGGAAAAUGCAUGGAGAAGGGACACAAACACCACCAGACCGUAUGCAUGGAGAGGGAGCAGAAGAGGGUCAAGACUUGUUUGAGGGACACAAAGUCCAGCAUCAAACAGAUGAUCUGCGGCAGACUGAGAAAAAAGGAGGAGAUAAAACAAUCAGCAGAUCUAAGCAAAAAAAUUACAGAGCGGGAGAUACAGAGCAGUGCUCAGGUCUGCAGCAAGAUGAUAGCUGCCAUCGAGAGACACCAGGCGGAUCUGGUGGAAGAGCUGGAGGAGAAGCAGCAGGAAGUAGAAAGGAGAGCCGAGGAGUUGAUCGGCGAGCUGACGACGGAGAUCGGAACGCUGCAGGCGAGAGCCAAAGAGCUGCACAGGCUGCUGCGCUACCAGAACCCUCUUUACCUCCUACAGAGUUUCCCGUCUGCAAGUCGUCUCCCGACCACCAGAGAGUGGUCUGAGGUGGCGGUUCACUCAGAUAACUGCAUGGAGACGGUGACAAGAGCCGUGUCCCAGCUUAUGAAUGUCUGCCAGGAACUUGUGAAAAAACUGUCUGCAGAAGAAGCAGAAAAGAUGAAUCAGUAUGCAGUUGAUGUCACUCUCGAUCCUGAGACUGCUUCAGGCUGGCUGAUCCUGUCUCCGGACAACAAGAAGGUAUGCGUCAGCAGCCAGAUGAAGAAUACCCCAGACAAUCCUCAGCGCUUUAACUCCUGCGUCUGCGUUUUGGGGAAGCAAAGCUUCACAUCGGGAAGACGCUACUGGGUUGUCCAGGUUGGAGAUAAAUCUGAGUGGGAUCUUGGCUUGGCGAGGGAGUCCAUCAACAGGAAGGGGGCCAUCACGGUGCGUCCCAACAACGGUUACUGGGCGAUCUGUCGGCGGAAAGGCAACAAAUUCAGCGCCUGCGCCGGACCCUCAGUCCCCCUCCACCUCCGUGAAACUCUCCGGAAAGUGGGCGUCUUCCUGGACUACGAUGAAGGGCUGGUGUCCUUCUACGACACUGAUGCAAAGACCCACAUUUACACUUACAGCAAGUGUGACUUCACAGAGCCCCUGUACCCCUACUUUAACCCGUGUCUUCAAGAUGAUGGAAAGAACACCAGCCCGUUGAUCAUCUGUCCUGUUGAAAGACGAGUCAGGGGAGAGCAGGACAUUACCAUUGAGUCAGCUCUAUGAAGUGUUAGAGGAAUGGAUGACAAAGAAACUAAGUUCACGUAUAUAUUAUUCCUUGUACUGUAAUAGUACUUCAGGAACACUGGCCUGCAACAGGUCAACGAUUAUUGAGUCGUAAUUCUUUACAGCUUCAAAGAUAGCGGCAUGGUUUGUUUAUAUUUCCUACAUUAUUCUUGUUUUCUUUCAUAGUUUAUAAUUUUGUAUCAUUUAAAUGUUAGCAGACAAUAUAAAUGUAUGUAAAUUGUGGUCUAAAUAUUGUUGCAUUAACCAAGUAAAAUCAUCCCAUAGAAAAAACUUCUUGAGAUAAAAAUUGUGAAACUGAAAAUAAAUGUCGAAAUAAACGGUGAAAUUGUG